GCGCCGCCCGCGCCGCCGCUCCGCCCGGCCGCCUCUAUCCCGGAAGUUGAUGCGGCUCGCCCGCUCGCGUGCGGCUGGCUGGGGGUGUCGCCGUCGGCCUCGGGACUGGCUGCGAUUGCGAAAGGGUCGACAUGCCUCUGGCUAGAGAUUUGCUACAUCCGUCCUUGGAAGAGGAAAAGAAAAAGCAUAAAAAGAAACGGCUAGUUCAAAGCCCAAAUUCCUAUUUUAUGGAUGUAAAAUGUCCAGGUUGCUACAAGAUCACCACGGUUUUCAGCCAUGCCCAGACGGUGGUUCUUUGUGUAGGCUGUUCAACCGUGUUGUGCCAGCCGACGGGAGGAAAGGCCAGACUCACAGAGGGCUGUUCAUUUAGAAGAAAGCAACACUAAUGAUCUGCACAACCUCUCGAAUUUGUGUUACAUCGCAGAAAGCCUUAUCAUUAUCAGUUCAGUAAUUCCAGUUAAUCUACCAAGAUAAUGUAAUUAUGUUUAAUUUUGUAAGGUUUACAACAGUGAUCUCCUAUUUUGGUGUCAGUUUUUCAAUAAAGUUUUGAUUAUGGGCAAA